AUUUGCCAAGUAGAACGAGAACAGUAAAUAACAGAGCAGGCUCUGUGGAAGCUGGUGUCGUUCGAAACCGAGCGGAUAGGUGGGAAAGAGACAGAGAGGGCUAAUUAGGUGGCAGGACACUAGAAGAGGUAAACCUCGAUUCAUGAGUAACACCAGCUGCCGUUGGAAUUGACCGUGUGUGAAAGGAGAACAUCUUUUUCUGUGACCCCGCCUCUGGCUCCGGAGCCGCGUUAGCAACAGACGGUAGGUUUAGCUAACGGUGCUAACAGCUGCUAAUGCUCUCUGUUUGGCAGCUUGUGGCUUCACGGCGCUCUGCGGACCGUUACCUGCACAGUUCUUACCUCUCUGGUUCUGUUGCAGAAGUUUCACAGCAGGCAACUCCGACUCUUUCGCCAAAAUCCGUCUCCUAGAUCUGACGACGAGGCUCAUCAGGAGGAGCCACCAUGUCUUAAACACAGAGGGGCCCUCUGGAGCCCUGUCUCCCCUUCCUGGCCCCUCCUCCCCAGCCCCGUCCCCCAUUCAUCACCUCACCCCGUCUCCCAGCCCCGUCCAACAACCACACGUCUCAGCACAUGCCAGCGACAGGUUACCGAGCGCUGGCUCCCCUCUGGCACGUCCCUCUCCUCCCCCCAAAGAGAUGAGCUUGCAGAAGCCCCAGCAGCUGGGCUGUGGGAGCAGUGGUGUGAUGGGUUCUGACCGGGACAUGCAGUCCUCUGGUUCCUCCAUCUCCCUGCCCUCUGUGAAGAAGGCUCCCAAGAAGAGGCGCAUCUCUCUGGCUUCUUUCUUCAGAAGAAGACGACACGAGUCAAAAAACCAAAGAUCCAGAGAGCCCCAGCUUCCUGGGAGUGGAGGGCUAACGGGCGUGGAUGGCAUCGCAAGUAUCGAGAGCAUCCAUUCUGAGAUGUGCAACGACAAGAGCCCUGCUGCCAUCUCAGGGACUGGAACCGAAGGUGCCUGUGCUACCGCUGCUUCUACCUCAUCUGCCUCAGAGCCUUCCUCCUCUACCUCUGCCUCCUCCUGCUCUAAAGUUGCUAUUGGGGUUGGGGCAGAACUGAUGGAGUGCCCCCUGUGCCUUCUGCGCCACUCCAGGGAGAGUUUUCCUGACAUCAUGACCUGUUAUCACCGCUCCUGCAUUGAUUGCCUACGCCAGUAUCUACGGAUUGAGAUCUUGGAAUCCCGUGUCAACAUAAGCUGUCCUGAGUGCUCUGAGCGAUUCAACCCACAUGAUAUUUGUAUGAUCCUGGGCGAUCGACUGCUUAUGGAGAAAUAUGAGGAAUUCAUGUUGAGGAGGUGGCUGGUUGCUGACCCGGACUGCCGCUGGUGCCCCGCUCCAGACUGUGGAUAUGCUGUGAUAGCCUUUGGGUGUGCCAGCUGUCCGAAGAUCAAAUGUGGCAGAGAGGGCUGCGGUACCGAGUUCUGCUACCACUGCAAGCAGCUGUGGCAUCCCAACCAGACCUGUGAUGCAGCGCGGCAGCAGCGGGCCCAGAGCCUGCGCCUGAGAGCCGUGCGCUCGUCCUCCCUCAGCUACAGCCAGGAGAGCGGCGCUGCUGUAGACGACAUCAAGCCGUGUCCACGCUGUGCAGCUUACAUCAUCAAGAUGAAUGACGGCAGCUGUAACCACAUGACCUGUGCCGUCUGCGGCUGUGAGUUCUGCUGGCUCUGCAUGAAGGAGAUCUCAGACUUGCACUACUUGAGUCCAUCAGGCUGUACUUUCUGGGGUAAGAAGCCGUGGAGCAGGAAAAAGAAGAUCCUCUGGCAGCUGGGAACGCUGGUUGGAGCUCCUGUCGGCAUCGCACUGAUUGCUGGCAUUGCCAUCCCCGCCAUGAUAAUUGGGAUCCCCGUAUACGUGGGACGAAAGAUACAUAACCGCUAUGAAGGAAAAGAUAUGUCCAACCACAAGAGGAACCUGGUGAUCACCGGUGGAGUGACUCUGUCCGUCAUCGUGUCUCCGGUGGUGGCUGCCGUCACCGUUGGGAUUGGAGUUCCCAUCAUGCUGGCCUACGUAUAUGGCGUGGUGCCGUUCUCUCUGUGCCGCAGUGGAGGCUGUGGCGUGUCAGCUGGCAGCGGCAAAGGAGUGCGCAUCGAGUUUGACGAUGAAAACGACAUGAACGCGGGCAGCGCUGCAACUGCCACAGAUGUGACAUUGGUGGCUGACACCAGAAACAACCCCAGCAUAGGCGAGGGCAGUGUGGGGGGGAUGACGGGCAGCCUCAGCGCCAGCGGGAGCCACAUGGACCAUCUGGGAUCAAACCGGGACAACCUGAGCGACACCGCCUCCACCAUGGCUCUGGCUGGAGCCAGCAUCACCGGCAGCCUGUCUGGUAGUGCGAUGGUCAAUUACCUGAACAGGCUGGAGGUGCAGGCGGACGUGCAGAAGGAGCGCUGUAGUCUCAGUGGGGAGUCGGGCACCGUCAGCCUGGGAACGGUCAGCGACAGCGCCAGCACCAAAGCCAUGGCCGGGUCCAUUCUCAACUCCUACAUCCCUCUGGACAGAGAUGGAGCCAGCAUGGAGGUCCAGGUGGACGUCGAAUCCAAGCCCGGGAAACAGCGGCAUCACAGCGGCGGCAGCAGCUUUGAUGAGAGCAGCCACGCUGGGCGCUGCGGCUGGACGCGUCCCGCCACCUCCUCAGAAGGCAAAGGAACCUCCUCCAAGUGGGCCAAAGAUGCCUCCUGUUCCUGCUCCUCCAACAAGAAGACGAAAGGAAAGCUACGCAAGAAAGGAGGCACCAAGAUCAACGAGAGCCGGGAGGACAUGGAUGCUCAGCUCCUGGAGCAGCGCAGCACCAACUCCUCAGAGUUCGACUCCCCCUCCCUGAGUGGAAGCCUCCCCUCUGUGGCCGACUCUCACUCCAGCCACUUCUCUGAGUUCAGCUCCUCAGACCUGGAAAGUGUGAAGACGUCCUGCAGCCACGGCUCCAGCGGCGGAGACUUCCACAUGCGCUUCGCCGCCGUCAGCCCCCUGCCCGAGGUGGAGAACGACCGGCUGGAGAGCUGCCCCGCCCCCUCCACCGCCCCCACCCUCGGUAACGGUGCAGAGCUGCCCCCUCUCUGCUUCAUCACAGAGGAGAAUGUCAGCCUGGUGUGCCCUGCUGAGCUGGACUCUCACAGCGACACCGGAGAGCUGCUAACAGAACCAAACAACAACCACCACAAAGCAGCGCCGCCGCUCCAGAGCUGCUGCAUACAGACGGACAUUUAGAGCACUAAACGAAAUAAACCGCUUUCAUCCUCUCUACCA